AUGCUUUCACCUGAAAAGAGAGUAGCAAAACUGGAGGAGAAAGAAACAGAAGGAGCAACACCUCAAUCAGUAAUUAAUCAAGAUAUACUAUCAGCUGAUACAAAAGUGACAAUAAUUAAUGGACAAUUGAUAAAAGAAAUAAAAACAAACAAACAAUUAGAAGAAACACUAACAAAAGUGAGAGUAAAGGAAAUUCAACAACUUCUGUCUUUACCAAGAAAUACUAGUUCAGCAUCACACAGUAUCAGAAGAGGAAUGAAAAUGGAAAUAGAACAAUUGCAAUUAUUAUUAACAAAUAAAACUGGUUUACUGGAUCAGAAUGAAUCAUUCAUGGAUAUUAAGAGAGAAAUACCUGAACUACAAGAACAAAUAUCAUUAAUGAGUGUAGAUAUACUAAAUAAAACAGAAGAGAAUGAAAAAUAUAGAAAUAUGAUAAGAAGUAUGUGCCAAUAUUUUACUACCUGA